AUGGUCAUUGACGACGUCUUCACGAAGCUGGCCAAGUCAACAGGAACCACAGAGCCGCCAGUCAAGCCUCUGCCGAUUCACGAGCUGCCUACCACGUAUAGGCCACCGACGACAGGCUUCAUAUCCAAGUUACCAGCCUCUUGGAUCCCAUAUGCCGAGUUAAUCCGCCUCGACAAACCAGCAGGCACAUACUAUCUCUUCUUCCCAUGCCUGUUUUCAACUCUUCUCGCGGCCCCCAUGGCUGCGCCUAUGGCGACUCCAGUCGAAGUGCUUACCACAACAGCUUUGUUCUUUUCUGGAGCUCUUAUAAUGAGAGGAGCAGGCUGUACCAUCAAUGAUCUUUGGGACCGUAACUUAGACCCAUAUGUCGAGCGGACAAGAAUGCGACCAAUCGCCCGGAGAGCAAUUUCUGUCGAAAAUGCCAUUGUAUAUCUAGGAGCUCAGCUAUUUACGGGUCUGGCGAUACUUCUGCAAUUCCCUCUCCCUUGCCUCUACUACGCCGUACCAAGCCUUCUCCUGGUCACUACAUAUCCCCUGGCCAAGAGAGUCACUCACUACCCUCAGUUCGUACUCGGCUUGACGUUCUCUUGGGGUGCCAUCAUGGGCUUCCCCGCGCUGGGCAUUGACCUGGUCUCGAAUCCCUCCGCAGUCGCGGCUGCUGCAGCACUCUAUUCCAGCUGCGUAUCUUGGACCUUGGUGUAUGACAUGAUUUAUGCAUAUAUGGACAUCAAAGAUGAUGCCAAGGCAGGCAUCAAAUCGAUCGCCCAAGCCCACGAGCACAACGCAAAAGCAGCUCUUUCUGUCUUCUCUGCCACCCAAGUCGGCCUGUUGGUAGCGGCCGGAUACUUUGCCGGAGCGGGUCCUGUGUUUUUUGUUGGAAGUUGCGGAGGUGCUGCGUUGACUUUGGCCACGAUGAUCCGACGAGUCAACAUUAAGGAUGUCAAGGACUGUUGGUGGUGGUUCAAAAACGGUGCGUGGCUCACGGGCGGUGUCGUUUCCUUUGGUCUGUUGGGCGAUUACCUCUAUCGCCGUACGAGAGAAGAGCCCAGCACAGUCGUGCAUCACGCCGUGCUUGGUUAG